UAUUCAAAGACAACUCUGAUAAGUAUAAAACAAUGCGAGGGAUUUGUUGUUGCACAAAUUCAAAUUGAAUUGUAUUUUUUUUUUCUAAGUUGGUUUAAUACAACUACGGGCUACAAAUGACUACACCUGCCCCACGCCAUGUUAGAGAUUUGUUAGCAUUUGGUACGGACUCAGAAGAUGAAUCUGAUGCGAGUCAAGUGAAUAAGAGAAAAGUGGAAGCAUUCGAUAAUGGCAAUAAAGAGAAUGAAGACCAGCCCAAAGCGGUACGCCAUCAACUGGUCAAGGAAAACAGGCCUGCGGCACCUGCAGCUAAGGUCUUGUUUCCCAGACGCCGUGCAGAGUUGACAAUGAUGGACUCGGACAGUGAUGAUGAGGACAAUAAGAAUGAUCAUAAUUUAAACUGCGCCAUUCUCAACGACUCAUUUGUGCUAAGUCCGAUGCACGAGCUGACCAGUAGCAACACGGGCAUUCCUUCGAAAACUCCGGGUGCUCUGCGGGCGAGUGAAUCGAAUUUGUCGUUUCUUGGUCGGUUCGGGAACAUGGGCAUCAAUUGCAGCACCAGCGCUAACACUGGCAAAUUGUCACCUGCACAAGUGGAACAGGAACCACAGGCAAUGGAGAUGCCACUCAAGAAACCAGCGCCUUCGACGCUGCAAACAAUUACGGAGCAACGCAAGGCUGUGUCUACCAAAACGCCGAUGCGCACUUCCCUAGCGCCGUCUAUGAAAAAACAACCUAAACCUGAAACAGAAUUUGUAACGCCGCAGGUUUGCAGCCUUGUCUCAAGGCAAAACACGCGCACACAAACCACCCAAAAGACUCGCACUGAGCUGGCCAAUGAGUUUCGCUCACAGAAGGUGCUCUUCCAGACGCCCAUGACGGUGAGCCGGGCUGCGCCCUUUACAAGCGACAGCCUUAGCUUCUCCCUGUGCGACACCAUUAGCGAGAGUCCCGAUACGCCCGCUCAACCACCGCCAAAGGUUGAAGCACCCAUCACCGGCAAGUCGAAAAAGUCACUGGAGUCUGAGUUUCGUCACGCUGAGCAGGAGAAGCCUGAAGUGCCCUUGUCAGUGCCGGCUGCACCCGCUGCUACGCUGCCUGACAAGCCGGAACCAACAUCCAAAUCAAAUGUGCUCCAAAUCAAAAACCAUGUGUACCACAUAAUAAGGAAGCUCGGCUGUGGCGGAUCAAGUUCCGUUUAUUUAGCACGACGCAAGGAUACGGGCCAGGAAUUCGCGUUAAAAGUGGUAGAUCUACAGGCCGAUCCGGUUGUGGUGCAGGGCUAUCUCAAUGAAACCAAACUGCUCGAAAAGCUUCAGGGCAAUGUAUGCGUUGUGUCGCUCUAUGACUAUCAACUGCUGCGGCAAGAGUCCAAACUGUAUAUGGUAAUGGAGAAGGGCGACUGUGAUUUGAACAAGAUCUUACAGGGAUUCACAACCAACCUACCGCUUUAUAAUCUAAUGAACAUACUCUACCAAAUGCUGCAGGCAGUCAACUAUAUACACCAGAAUGGAGUGAUUCACUCCGAUUUGAAACCUGCCAACUUCCUCAUGGUCAACGGCCGACUGAAGCUAAUUGACUUCGGCAUUGCUAGCAACAUUGCCGUGGACUCGACGAGCAUAAUCAAGUUUUCACAGGCUGGCACAUUCAACUACAUCAGUCCGGAAGCCCUCACGGACAUCUCCAGCGGUUCGAGUCCAAUGCGUGGCAGCAAUCAGCCCAAGAUCAAGAUUUCCACGAAAUCGGAUGUUUGGUCGCUCGGCUGCAUUUUGUAUCUGCUGCUGUACCAGAAGACGCCGUUCGGUCACAUUAGGAACAUCAAUGCAAAAAUGAGCGCGAUCGCCAGUCCCGGCACAAGCAUCGAGUAUCCGGCUUUACCUAUUUACUAUCCGCUCAUGCUGGUGCAUAUGGUCAAAAACUGUCUACAGCUGAAUCCGAAGAAGCGGCCCUCGUGCGUGGACCUGCUUAAGUAUCCAUUCCAUAUGGUAAUACCCCUACAGAAUCUACAAUUGGAAUCCAAGCGCUGAAUUAUACAAAUUUAUUAGAAUAUGUCUCCAUUUAGUAAUAAGUUCCAGUAAUAAUUCCAUUGUUUUCUCUACACAUUUUAAAUGAAUGAAACACAGAAAUAUAAUGCACUGAAUUUUCAUA